AUGGACACGGCCCUCGCGCCCUGCCUUUACCUCCUGCAGCAGUUCACGGCUGCCAGGCCGGCAGGUCCAGCCCUGGCCGAGGCCGAGGCCAGCGCAGAAGAGCUGUUCGCCAAGGAGAAGCACGAGCUGAGGAUCGCGGGCGGCGCCGUGCGGGACCUGCUGAGCGGCGUGACGCCCCAGGACGUGGACUUCGCCACCACGGCCACGCCCGAGCAGAUGAAGGCGCUGCUGCAGGCGGCCGGCGUGCGCACCAUCAACAGCAAGGGCGAGAAGCACGGCACCGUCACGGCCCGGGUGAGCGGGUUCUACGGGAGAAUCGUGGACAGGCCUGGCGACCACGACCCCGAGACGCUGGCAGCAAUAGCAGAAAACGCGCAGGGCUUGGCUGGAAUAUCGGGGGAGCGCAUCUGGGUGGAGCUGAAGAAGAUUCUCGCCGGGAACCACGUGAACCACUUGGUGCACCUCAUCUAUGACCUCGGCGUGGCCCCUCACGUAGGCCUCCCCGCCCAGGCCGGCCUGGAAGAGUUCGACAGAGUCAGCAGGAGCGCGGAAGGGCUGUCGCCGAAGCCGAUGACCCUCCUGGCCUCGCUGCUGAGCGCCCAGGACGACGUGGGCAGCCUGGACUUGAGGCUCAAGAUCUCCAGGGAGGAGAAGAGCCUCGGCGCCUUCAUAGUGAGGCACAGGCGGGGCUUGGUCAGAGCGGCCGGCGCCGAGCCGCUGAAGCCCUACCAGGACUUCGUCAUAGACUGCAGGGAGGCCGGCGCGCCCGCCCGCGUGUGCGAGCUGCUGAAGUACCAGGGCGAGCGCCAGCUGCUGAGCGACAUGCAGCGCUGGUCCGUGCCCCUGUUUCCGGUCAGCGGCCACGACAUCAGGAAGGCGGGCAUCUCCUCGGGAAGGGACAUCGGGGUGCUGCUGCAGCAGCUGCGAGAACGGUGGAAAAAGAGCGGCUACCGGAUGGAGAAGGACGAGCUGCUGAGCCACGUCAAGAAGCCCUGAGGCCGCCGGCGGGCGACGUCGCCGCACCUGGCCCUGGACCCGCCGUCCGGACGCGGACGGGAGCCUGCAGCAGCUGGAGGCCGCGCGGGACGUGACCGCCCAGGUCAGCGAUUAAACAUCCGCCUGUGCGAACA